GCGCCCGGGGAUCCAAGAAACUACAAGUCCCGAAGGACAUGGCGGGAAGGCGGUGCCCAGGACUUGGCGCCCCGGGCCGCGCCGCGGCGCUGUGCAUUGUGGUGGUUGUGGUCCACCCCUCGGCGCUGGAGCGUGCAGCCGGUUGCUAGGCGACGACGCCAAACAGCCUCCGCGUCCUGCCUACCAGGAGCUGACGGACCGCGACUGCCAACCCCUUCGCCCCAGCUGGCGGAGGAAACUGCUGCGGCGGCAGGUGGCGGCGGCAGGUGGCGGCGGCAGGAGGGCUCGGCUGCCCGGAGGGCCCGCCAGGAUCUCAAUGUGUCACCCAAGCUAGAGUGUGGUAGCACAGACGUAGCCCAAAGCACCUUCAACCUCCUGGGCUCAAGGGAUCCUCCCACCUCAGCCUCCCGAGGAGCUAGGACUACAGGCACACCACCAUACGAUCCUGCCCUGAGAAGAUGGCCUACUAUGGAAAAUGCAUUGAAACUGUGAUCGAGAAACUCGACAAAUUUACACCCAAGAGGGACAACCCUGAGCAGUUCCUAGAGGCUGUGGCCAUCUCCUUGCAGGCUCUGAGUCCCCAGACGCAGAGCUUUGUUUUGGAGGUGCUGUCUGGGUGCCUCGAGUACCGGAAGCUGCUGACCAUCGUGGUGGAUGCCUUCUACGUGGAGGAUGGCCGACUCUGCCUGCGGGUUGACCACAGCCGCUUCAUGGUGAUCUGCUACCUAGCCACAUUCCUGCUGGAGGAACUCGGCUUCCAGCUGUUCUGUAACAUCAUCAAGUCCCAACCCGUGGAUAAGAUGUGCAAGUUCCUUAGGUUCUUCUUCAACCCCCUGCACCUGUGCUCGUGGAUCGAGGACGAGUGGAGCCUCAUCUACGAGCCGGCCCACGUGAAGGAGAACUGGCUCGACCCCCUGAUGAGAUGGCAGCCAAAGGUCCAGGAGCUGAUCAACCACCUGGAGGGCAUGUCUGCCAGUCAGUCCUCUCCUUUAAAGACCAAGGCCAAGGUCACAGAGCACAAGGAAUUCAACCUGACUGCCCCCAGGCCUCGCACCAUUCCAGCGCCUGAGCCAGUCCCGGUCGUGGCCAAGCCGAGACCAGUCCCCCAGAGCACCUACCAGCCACCCAAGGAGCAGGAGCAGCUGGAGAUUGUCAAGAGGCACAACCGCCGAAAGGCCGAGGAGCUGCUGCUGAGGGCAAACAUUGAGGAACUGCGCUGCGCCAUGCCCAGGUCCUGCGGGAAGCCAGUGCAGGGCUCCAAGCAGCAGCUGCAGCUUCAAUUUCCACCCCGAAUCCGAAAGACUCCGAAGCUGACCUUCUAUAGGCCCGACAACGUCCCAGUCAAGCUGAACACCACAGCCAUCCUGCGAGAAGGGGCCUUGUACCAGCGGCAGGUGGAGCAAGAGCUGCAGAGGGUUGAUAAGCUCGUGGAUGGGGCUGGGGACUUCUCUGAGUUCCUUGAGUGGCAGAAGAAGAUGCAGGCGAAAGACCGGGAAGAGCAGCUGGCUGCAAGCGAGUGCCGGCGGUUGCAAGGGAAGCUUAGCCAUGAGGAGGCCGUCCUGGCCCGGCAGAGCCUCAUGCAGGAGAACAAGCAGAGAGUGGAGCAGCAGAAGGAGCAGAUGGCCAAGCUGAUGCUGCAGCAUGCAGAGAGACGGCUCCGGGAGGACAGGUCCAGGAAGCAGCUGGUGGAGCAGGUGAUAGAGGGGCAGAAGAACGUCAAGGCCGCCCAGAUGAAGCUCGCGAAGGGCCGACGGCAGACAGUUCAGGAGGUGAUUGAGGAGAGUCGGGGGCUGCUGCGGCGCAGGGCGCAGGCGGCCCAGGAGGAGCAGCGGCGCCGUUGUGAACUCAUCUCCCAGCUGCGCGCACUGGAGACGCAGCCCACGCGCAAGGGCAAGCUCGUGGACCUGACCCAGACCCCUGGCUAUGGCCUGGAAGGAGAGAUGUCCAUAGUGGAGCUGCGAGAGCGGCUGGCCCUGCUCAAAGAGAAUCAGCGGCGCAAGGAAGAAGAAAAGCGGGAUCAAAUCAUUCAGGGCAAGCGCACCAAGAGCCAGGAACUGCAGAACACGGUGGAGCAGAUCUCGCUGUGCCGUGCAGCCAUGGGGAGAUCCGCAGCCUUGAGGUGGGAGGAGAAGGCCCUUGCGGCGGCCCCGGAGGCGCCCUCGCAGGACGAGCGCGUGCAGCAGCUGCGGCGCAGGAUCUCGGAGAGGGCGGCCGAGCGCAGCAGGCAGGCGGCCUUGCUGCACGUGUCGGCGCCGCGGGCCGCGGGCCCCAAGCCCCGCGCGCAGCUAGAGGCGCAGCACUGGCUGGAGCUGGAGCGGAGCCGCGAGCGCAGGUUGCAGGCGCUGCAGCAGGGAGGCUCCGGACCCGGGCCCGCGCGCCGCCUGGAGGCCGCCUGAGCCGGGCAGAGCGCGCCCCAGCCGCUUGCGGGCCACCCCCACCCCCACUGUCCCAAUAAAGCGUGCGGCCCGCGGUGCGCGCCUCCUCUUCCUUGGCCGGGACCCCCUUGGCCCCGCUGCACCUGCCCCCGCACCCCUCUCCCUCCCUAGCCCCCAUCUGCCCAGAAAAGGAUUACCAGAUAAAAAGGCAGGACGCCCAGUUACUGCGUGGGGGCAAACUUAUGCUAAAAAUGUAUCCUCUCCUUAUCAGGAAUUCAACUUAA